CGCGCCCGCUGCCUGCCACCUCUGCCGCUACCUCGCCCACCUCCAGGCCUGGGCCCCCUCAGGGAGGAAGAGAUGAAGCCAGAGGCAGUCCCCAGCCCCCCGCAGCAGGCCCCUGUCCCUCCGUUACCUGUGAAGAAGAGCCUUCCAGCUGCUCCUCCCAGACGACGCAUCUCUGAGAAGCCAUCCCUAGAGGACCAAGGUGCGGGAAUGGCGGCAGAGGGGGACCAGCCAGCUCUUUCCAGGACAACCCUACUCAGCCUGCCUCCCCAGGUGGCCUCAGACAGCCCUGGGGACAAGCCUAAAGGGACCACGGAGCAAGGCCAGAAAGCAGAGGCGAAAGCCAGCCAUCCGGGCGGCCUGCCAGAGCCUCCGAGGAAGACCAAACAACCCCCCGUCCCGCCCCCCAGGAAGAAAAGGAUCUCGCGGCAGCUGGCUUCGGUCCUCCCUCGUCCCUUGGAGAGCGCUGAGCUCUCCACACAGGCGGUAGCCUCUGAGACACCCACGCCUGGUCCACCCCGACAAGGCCAAAGUCCUGCCUCCCAAGAGGGGACUGUGCGCCUCCAGGCCCAGGCCAGUGCCCACCCUCAGAGCUCUCCAGAGUUCAAGGGCUCCCUGGCCUCCCUCUCAGACGGCUUGGGAGUGCCCACCUUGGCCCCGGACCAGGACUCCUACUCAACCAGCAGCACAGAGGAGGAGAUGGAGCAGUUCAGCAGCCCCAGUGUGAAGAAGAAGCCCUCGAUGAUCCUGGACAAGGCGCGGCACCGGCUGAGCUUUGUGAGCUUCAGCAGCGUCUUCCGCGCCUUCCUUUCCAACGACCGCAAGCUGUUCAAGAAGGUGGUGGAGCUGGCGCAGGACAAGGCCUCGUACUUCGGCAGCCUGGUGCAGGACUACAAGGUGUACAGCCUGGAGAUGAUGGCACGCCAGACCUCCAGCACCGAGAUGCUGCAGGAGAUCCGCACCAUGAUGACCCAGCUCAAGAGCUACCUGCUGCAGAGCACCGAGCUCAAGACCCUGGUGGACCCCAGCCUGCACUCCGAGGAGGAGCUUGAAGCAAUUGUAGAGUCUGCCUUGUACAAAUGUGUCCUGAAGCCCCUGAAAGAAGCCAUCAACUCCUGCCUGCAUGAGAUCCACAGCAAGGAUGGCUCAUUGCAGCAGCUCAAGGAGAACCAGCUGGUGAUCCUGGCCACCACCACCACCGACCUGGGUGUGACCACCAGUGUACCAGAAGUACCCGUCAUGGAGAAGAUCCUGCAGAAGUUCACCAGCAUGCACAAGGCCUACUCACCUGAAAAGAAGAUCUCCAUCCUGCUCAAGACCUGCAAGCUCAUCUAUGACUCCAUGGCCCUCGGCAACCCAGGGAAGCCCUACGGGGCAGACGACUUCCUGCCCGUGCUCAUGUAUGUGCUGGCCCGCAGCAACCUGGCGGAGAUGCUCCUCAACGUGGAGUACAUGAUGGAGCUCAUGGACCCUGCCCUGCAGCUGGGGGAGGGUUCCUACUAUCUGACCACCACCUACGGGGCCCUGGAGCACAUCAAGAACUAUGACAAGAUCACGGUGACCCGGCAGCUGAGCGUGGAGGUGCAGGACUCCAUCCACCGCUGGGAGCGCCGGCGCACGCUCAACAAGGCUCGGGCCUCCCGCUCCUCCGUGCAGGACUUCAUCUGCGUGUCGUACCUGGAGCCCGAGCAGCAGUCGCGGACGCUGGCGUCGCGGGCUGACACGUCGGCCCAGGCGCUGUGCGCACAGUGCGCCGAGAAGUUCGAGGUGGCGCAGCCCGGGGACCACCGGCUCUUCGUGCUGGUGGACGGGCGCUGCUUCCAGCUGGCCGACGACGCGCUGCCCCACCGCCUCAAGGGCUACCUGCUGCGAAGCGAGCCCAAGCGCGACUUCCACUUCGUGUACCGGCCCCUGGAUGGCGGCGGGGGCAGCGGGAGCCCCCCCUACCUGGUCGUGCGGGAGCCCAACUUCCUGUGAGGCCGGCCGCUGCAGCCCCUGAUGGCACUUUUCCUGAGACUGGCUGGGGACAGAAGAGCGGGCGGGCGGGGCUCACUCCUGACCCCCCACACUCACACUCAUACAUGCACGCGACCUACAUCUGCCCACACAUCACACGUGCAUGCCACCCAGUGAGCAUGCCAAAACCAACGUCACAGGAUAAUUGUGGAGAGAGCCUGAGCAGCGGCCAGGGCAUUUGCUGAGGAAGAGUCAUAGUGCUAGAGGCCAUGUUCUUCACUAGACAGGAAGGGAAACUGAGGCUCUGAGAGGGCAGAGGCUCUCCAGC